GGGUAUUCCGCCAAAUUCUUCUUGUCACCAUUCUCGAUCCAGAAAACAUUUUCCACUUCCUGUUGCCAGUGAGAUCUCUGAAACAAAAAGUCCAUCCAAUCUUCCCACCGUCUCUAAUCAAUCGCCGCUGUUCUCUCUUUCCUUCUUGGAAUCAUUCAGUGAGAGAACUCUAAGAAACAAUGCAAAGAGGUCAUAGUGGUAGUGCACCAUCAACACCCACUGCUCGAAUUCGGCACAGGAGACGUUCAAAUGAGAUUCCUGCUGAGUUAAGCAAAUUAGAUGGAAACCAUUUCCUUGCCGAUGACGAGAACAAAUACAAAUCACUGUGGAUUCGCACAUACUCCACUCUGUGGAUGCUUGCAGGCUUUGCAUUUAUUAUCUAUUUGGGUCACCUUUAUAUUUGGGCGGUGGUGGUGGUUAUCCAAAUAAUUAUGGCCGGAGAGCUGUUUAAUUUACUCAGACGAGCUCAUGAAGAUAGGUGGCUUCCAGGAUUUAGGCUCCUCAACUGGCACUUUUUCUUCACAGCGAUGUUGUUUGUAUAUGGCCGCAUUCUCAGUCAGCAGCUUGUGGAUACUGUAACUUCGGAGAAAUUCUUCUAUAAGCUUUUGAGUGGCUUUAUCAAGUAUCAGAUGGUUAUUUGUUAUUUCUUAUAUAUAGCAGGAUUCAUGUGGUUCAUCCUUACAUUGAAGAAGAAGAAGAUGUAUAAGUAUCAGUUCGGCCAGUACGCAUGGACGCACAUGAUUCUCAUUGUUGUCUUCACCCAAUCAUCAUUUACGGUGGCCAAUAUUUUUGAAGGCAUCUUCUGGUUUCUUCUUCCAGCAUCACUUAUUGCUAUCAAUGAUGUAGCUGCUUAUAUCUUUGGCUUCUUUUUUGGGAGAACACCUUUGAUCAAGCUAUCUCCGAAGAAAACAUGGGAGGGUUUCAUUGGAGCAUCGGUAGCAACCAUGAUCUCAGCAUUUGUGCUCGCGAACAUCUUGGGCCGUUUUCAAUGGUUGACUUGUCCACGGAAGGAUUUAUCAACUGGUUGGCUUCAAUGUGAUCCUGGUCCGCUUUUUAAGCCAGAUUACUAUUCUUUACAUGGAUGGGUUCCUCAAUGGUUUCCAUGGAAAGAGAUAUCAGUUUUUCCUGUUCAAUGGCAUGCUUUGGGCUUGGGUUUAUUUGCGUCAAUUAUAGCACCUUUUGGAGGAUUCUUUGCAAGUGGCUUCAAGAGAGCUUUCAAAAUUAAGGAUUUUGGUAAUAGUAUUCCUGGACAUGGUGGCUUUACUGACAGAAUGGACUGCCAGAUGGUUAUAGCCGUCUUCGCCUACAUCUAUCAUCAAUCUUUCAUUGUUCCUCAAAUCUAUCCAGUUGAGGUGCUUUUGGAUCAGAUAAUAAGGAACUUGACUUUUGAGGAGCAAAAAGAACUGUACAUGAAGCUUGGGCAGAUAUUCCAGGAGCUAAAGGCACCUUUUGAAGCAUGAUGCCUAGUGUUAAAUCUUUGGACAAGCUCUGUGUUUUCGUUUGACAUUUUUUUUUUAGUUAUGUAGGAGUAUAAAAUUUGUUAUAGGGAUUUUGAAAUAUUUGAAAAUAAUUGUUUCAUGAAUUUUGUGUACAGUUCUGGUUACUCUUGUCGGUUUUCGUAUUGAGAUUGUUAGCCAAAAUUCGUUGCCUUAUUAUGUUGCCAUUUUGAACUUGCAGACUUGAGAGCGAAUAUGUUGUGCAAUUU